AUGGCCUCGCUGCUUUCUCAGCCUCGUUACAUCUACAAGAUUGUGCCUUCCACCGCACCAGUCCGCGAGCCACUUCCUGAGCGGCUCGCGGUAAGCGAACUAGACGAGGCGUCUGGUUUCAUCCACCUCUCGACGGUGCAUCAGGUGGGAGACACACUGAAAACAUUUUUCACGGAGGAACCACUUGUCUAUGUAUUGCGGAUCGAGUAUCACCGCGUCAUCCAAGAUAUCCGGUGGGAGUCCCCAGACGGAAAAGUGUCUGGUCCUCGACCUGGCGAGGGACUUUUCCCACAUCUCUACAAUGGACUCAAAUUGGGCAGGGAGGAAGUUGAAAGUGUCGCCAUUUGGCAGAAUGAUGAGGGAUGGGAUAACGCUCUCGCCUCAGCGAAACCGUGGCUCCUGUACUGA